AUGGCAAAGUUCAUGGCAUUGCUUAUGAUCAUGGCUUUAUCUUAUUUUACAGCUAUAGCAAAUUCACAGGAUGGUAUCGUUCCGCCAGAGUGUAGCCCAAAUCCGGCCAUCCUCAAACUUGAUGCCAAACUUCAAUGGGUGGAGGCAACUGAACCUUUACAUGCACAUAUCGACGCGAAUGUUACUUGUGGGAUUGGUCCAGGUAUGCCCUUUGCAAAUUCUUUGUUGAAUAAAACUUCGUUUCUUGGGGAAAUAGGGUUGGUACCAUGCGCCAUGGCUGGGAACAGAAUCAGUCAAUGGCAAAAGGGGACUUUCCUUUACAAUCAGUUGGUGAUGAGAGCCAAGGCUGUUGCAGUGCAAGAAUGUGGGGUAACUAGAGCUAUGCUUUGGUAUCAAGGGGAGAGUGACGCAACAUUACUGAGUAAUGCAAAUGCUUAUAAAGGAAAAAUGCAGCAAUUUUUCACAGACUUGAGAAGUGAUGUUGGGAUACCAGAUCUUUUGAUUAUCCAGGUAAACUUUAAUUCGGUACUCCCUCCAUUUCAAUAA